CAAUUAUGAAAGCUUUGAUAUUAGUUGGGGGAUAUGGUACGCGUUUGCGUCCAUUAACGCUGUCCAAACCAAAGCCUCUGGUAGAGUUUUGCAACAAGGCGAUGCUGCUCCAUCAAGUUGAAGCCCUCGCGAAGGUCGGUGUCACUCAAGUGAUAUUGGCAGUAAGCUACUUGUCAGAGCUGAUGGAAAAUGAGUUAAAAAAGGAAGAGAAGAGGCUUGGAAUAAAGAUAAUGAUGUCACAUGAAAAGGAACCAUUGGGCACAGCGGGACCACUGGCUCUUGCAAGAGAUUUAUUAACAGAAGACAAUGAACCAUUCUUUGUUCUGAACAGUGAUAUAACCUGUGAAUAUCCUUUUGCUGAAAUGUUGAAAUUUCAUAAAGAGCAUGGAAGAGAAGGAACCAUUGUGGUUACCAGAGUAGAUGAGCCUUCCAAAUAUGGUGUUGUGAUAUAUGAUGCAAAUGAUGGUAAAAUUGAAAGAUUUGUUGAAAAGCCAAAGGAAUUUGUAUCCAACAAAAUAAAUGCAGGAAUGUACAUAUUUACACCAAAAAUUCUGGAUAGAAUCCAGCCAAAACCAACAUCGAUAGAAAAGGAAGUUUUUCCAUAUAUGGCAACUGAUGGUGAACUCUAUGCAAUGGUUUUGAAAGGUUACUGGAUGGAUAUCGGUCAGCCAAAAGAUUUUCUUUCUGGGAUGGUUUUGCAUCUUAACGGAAUCAAAGCAAAGAGUCCUGAACUACUUUAUCAGGGCCCUGGAGUAAAAGGAAAUGUAUUAGUUGACCCAUCAGCAAAAAUUGCAGAUGAUGUACAAAUAGGGCCAAAUGUUGUAAUUGGACCAAAUGUUACUAUUGAAACAGGUACAUGCUUGUCUAGAUGUGUUGUUAUGAAGGAUGCAAAGGUACAGUCACACAGUUGGAUUCAAUCCUCAAUAAUUGGCUGGAAAUCAGUAGUUGGAAGAUGGGUUCGAAUGGAAGGAGUGACAGUACUCGGUGAAGAUGUCCAAAUUAAAGAUGAACUGUAUAUAAAUGGGGCUAGAGUUCUUCCACAUAAGUCCAUUAGUGUUUCAUACCCUGAACCAGAAAUUGUAAUGUAAUGUUUUUUGGUAAUUUGCUUUUUGAAACCAAAAAUAAUUUUUAGACAUAAAUCUAAUGUGAUAUUACAUAUGUGGAAUAAUUUUUAGACAUAAACCUAAUGGAUAUGACUUAGCUCCAAUAUCAGCUUAAAUCCAUUUAUAUUUAGGUUUGACUCCUUCUAUCAUGAAGUGAAACGCACCUAAUCUUUUUUUCAUUAAUGCAACAACAGUCAAUCUUUUGGGUAAAUUCUCUUAAAUUUCCUUCUUUAUUGGCAAAUUACCAGAUAAUAAUAAUGUUCAAUCUUGCAAACAUUAAAUCUUAGCUUUUGAAAAUCGAACAAACCUCUUAAAAAUGGUUUGCUAGCUUCUUGCUGGCUAUUUAACUGUACAUUUGCUGUAUCAUGUCAACCAUGUUGCCAAGAGUGCUGUAGGCAAAGUUUACAUUUCCAACCAUCAAUCAUGUCCUGAGAAAAUCCAUAGAGAUUGAUAAAAUAACAAUUUCAAAUUCACCUUGUUUGUCUAUUGGUACUCAACAAGAUUGUUUAGGGAGAAUUCCAAUGCUGUCUUAGAAUGUUUGCUUCAACGCCAUUUUUAGCCCAGCUCUGUUCAUACAAUAUAAAAUAUUGCAGAAGAACAGCUCUAAAAAAAUCCGUUCUGCUCCUAUGUACAACAAUAUAUUGUAGAAAAUUGCUCAUAGAUAUAUCAGUUUUCAUCCCACUGCUUUAUUAAUGAUCCAUUGCACAAUAGAAAAGUCAUCUGUGAUGUAGAUAAGUGUGGGGUUUUUGGGUCAUUCUCCCUUGUCAAAAUGUAGACACAUUUUUUGGUAAGACAAUAAAGUUUCAAGCAUUAGAGAAUCUUGCAAGAAAUCAUGGGGUAUAGAGCCACGCUUUGUGGUAAGAUAAGAAAUGUUCGAGUAUAAGAGAACGUUGCAACAAUAUGCUUUAAAGGGUACAGAAAUAAGUAACGUCAAACCUUUCUGUUACUUUUGCACCAACAGUGCUCGGCGUUCGCAUGAUCAAACAUUCCUGUAAAGCAAAACGAAAGAUCACUAAAAACUUUUUUCUUACAUCUAAACACUAGAAUCAGUGAUACAUGUUACGCGGUCUGCACCUCACCCUUUGAAUUAAUUUAUUUUAGUCGUAAUAUUAAAACCGUUGCAUUCCAAUUAGGAUCAUUUAACAAGCUUACCAAUAUUUUAUGCAUGUAAUUGAAGUAUUUUCUUACGGGACUCUGUGUUUAUCAAAGAUUCUUAAGGGAAAAGUAGUAGAAGUAAUUUACCUUAGAAGCAGCUUGUAAUUUUUCAUUCAAUGUUGACAUAAUUAAUUGCUUUUCUUUUAGCUUUGAUAGAAUAUGAAAAAUUCGUGUUUCGAUUAA